AUGACUACGUUGAUUUUACUCCCCUGCCAUUCAGUGUUCAUUGCAGCCGAAUCUACUAGCGGUAGCCAAAUUCAAUUGAAGCCCCAAGAGGACGGACCUGGGUUCAACCAGAACGAUUGGAUCCUAGCUCCGUUUCAGUACGAAGCCAAUGACCACCUUUCUUUUGUGGAACAUAUCCAUAAGGCAUUUGAUCUCUUGAAUGCAAAUCCUGAUGCACGGCUGGUUAUAUCCGGGGGUUUUACCAAAGAGGGAUUAAAUAUAUCCGAAAGCGAUAGCUAUUUACAAGUUGCACGAUUGAGAGGUCUAAUCACUGAACAAAACAAAGACAGAAUAUAUCUAGAUGAGUAUGCCCGUGACUCCUAUGAAAACUUGCUUCUCGCCAUUGCUCUUUUCCGCAAAAAAACCGGGAGAUUUCCUCGAAGAACCCAAAUUGUUGGUUUUCAGUUCAAAAGAUACAGAUUUUUGGAGUUGCAUGCCAAGGUGCUAAAGUUAAAACAUGUUGAAUACUUUGGAAUAGGACCCAGUUAUCCUAGUGCUGCAGCUCUUCACAUCCCAGAGCAUGAAUGGGAAACCAAAUGUAAGCGCUACUUUGAUGAUCUUCAAUUUAGCGAAAAGAGAUUUGCUACCGAUUUAUUCGAACAGGACUGGUUUGGCUGCAUUGGAUCCAAAUUAUACGAUAAAAAAGUCUCCAGGGAUCCAUUGAAACGCGGCCUCGGUAGAGAUUUUUAUUCACAAGACUUGGAGCCUAUCCUCAAUGCGUUCUUAGGUUUUGACCAACUUACUUUUCCUGAAGCAAAAGCUGCAUACGAUAAUUUAGGACCUUUUCCAUGGUGA